AUGCUUCCGCCAAUGAAUCAAUUUUCUAACCGCCAUAUACUCAGACAAUUGCAGUUGUACAAUUGAGGAGCAUAGUCGAACUAUGGCUUCAAUCGGUUUAGGCUUUGCAUGUAAACGUACUGACAGAAACGAGAGCUGACUCGACAGUCGAAAUGGAAGGCCAACAAACAACUGCCUUUUGGGUUGCAUUGUUUUGUCGCAGCCCCGUCAAAGGAACCACAAGCCCCUCCCCUUGUUAUCAAGUGUGAAUUCCGUUUUCCUCUCUCCCCCAGACCGCGGACACCUCAUACCCACACACUCGUCAACAGUGGGUUGCUCGUGAAGUAUUAAACAAGGGUGCGAACCGUGCUUCUGCACUUCUUUUCACGUCGAAGGAGGGGGGAACAACAGGUUGGAAACCAGAUAAACCAAAGCGGUCAAAUCUGCGAGCAUACGGACGCACAGUAUGUCCAACAACUGCCUCCGCAUCGGUCUCCUGCUGUCUCUGCUCCAGUGCAGCCAUCAGUCAUGCCUGGCAGGGACAGCCAGCCAGUGCAAGAACGCAGACUUCCCCCCGGGAAUCAACCUGGCAGGGGAAGGCUUCGACAUCACCAAGAUGGCCCGCAAAGGGGCCUUUGUCAUUGACUUGAAACUCUGGGAGCACAAGGACAAAACGUGCACCCUGUGCCCCAACCCCUUCUUGGAGGGCAAGAAGCAGAAGCUGCCCCUUUCGGUGACGGACUGGAGGCCCAACCAAUCAUGCAAGAUGAAGCUGUCCAGCAGCACGUACCGGUCCAGCGAGGCCCUGGUCACCUCCAGCUCUUCCUCAGUGACAAACAACUGGAAGGUGAAUCUGGAUUUUGCAAAGGAGGACACAAAAGCCUCCUUGAUGCUGGCCGGGACCGAUUCCAAACUGGCCGAAUACUCCAUGGAGAAGACUAAGAGCGACAAAUUCAGCUUCACCAGUCAAAGCAUCUCCUGCGAGUACUACAGCUUUCGGGUCGUACACAAGCCGAGGUUACACAAGGAGUUCUACGCAGCGCUGAAAGACCUUCCCAAGACCUUCUCCCCUGAAAACAAGCAGCGCUUCUACAAACUGAUCGACACCUACGGCACCCAUUACAUCACUCAGGUGAAACUGGGCGGGAGUGUGAAGUCAGUGACCAGCAUCAGGCAGUGCCUGGCCAGCCUGCAGGGCCUCAGUGCGGAGGAGGUGGCCAUGUGCCUGGAGGCCGAGGCCGCUGUAAGCAUCGGCGUCGCAAGUUUGAAAUCUGAAGCGAAGCACUGCAAGAAGGACAUCCAGAAAUCUGACAGCAAGUCCAGUUUCUCCAGCAUGUUCAACGACAGGUUCACCGAGGUAGAAGGAGGAGAGACCAGGGAACCGGAGCUACUCUUCUCCGCGGACAAGGACCCCUCCGCCUACAAAGCCUGGCUGGACUCUGUGCCCCGGCUCCCCAACCUUGUGUCCUACUCCCUGAACGCCCUGCAGGAGCUGCUUCCCGCCAAGGGAGAGAAGCGCAAGCACCUGCGUACGGCCAUCUCGCACUACAUCCUGGAGAGGGCCCUGAUGAGGAACUGCUCAGAGCGCUGCAAGGCCGGUGCCAGGCGCUCCCAGAGCGAGCCCUGCGCCUGCAGCUGCCAGGGCGACCCGGCCGUGACCCCCGACUGCUGCCCCUCGCGCCGGGGCAUGGCCCGCGUGCUGAUCACCGUCCAGAAGGCCACCGGGCUGUGGGGGGACAGCACAACCUCCACUGACGGCUUCGUGAAGAUCACAUUCGCCGGGACGGUCAAGAGACAAACCCCCGUGUGGCUCAACAACAACAACCCGACAUGGGGCAGCGUCUUCGACCUGGGCGACCAGGACCUGUCCGCCGGCCGGACCCUGCGCCUCGAGGUGUGGGAUCAGGACAACGGCUGGAACGACGACCUUCUGGGGAACUGUGAGAAGUUGGUGGGCCAGGGCGUGACGGAGGAGGUGUGCGCCCUGAACCAUGGCCGGCUGUACUUCAAGUGGGAGGUGAGGUGCGCGCCCAGUCUGGGAGGAGCCGACUGCAUGGAGUACAAAGCCUCCCCGAUGAGCCAGCAGCUGCAGAAGGCGUUCGUGUCGCGCCACAGCCAGCGCGUGCCCCAGGCCUUGCUGAAGGAGAACGGGGUGUUUCUCGCGGUGCCUGGGCGCCACGGGAACCAGAGUGCCGCCUCCCCUGCUUUGCCGUUUUUCCCGGUACCGUGAGGUGUGACACGCCGAAGUAUUGUGCGUGAUUUCACCUCCAGCCAAUAGUUACGGCAGGCUGAUGGUGUUGUAAAGGCAAUGCGUAAACAAGAUAACGAACGGAAAUGUUCGCAACCGCACAUUUUCAAUUGCAAUUGAUUAUUUAUCUAUAUUAAUGUUCGUGAUAUAAACAAUUAUUGAAUAUUUAUUUGUAGAUGACAUUACUUGUGUAUGUUUUUAUCCUAUUACUUCCUGCUAUGUUAACUGCAGCACCUGCUCCAACCACAGCGUCAACAAUACAACCCUUGUUUGUAAUAGAAUGGUUUAAUCGUCGGCUACUGCAUCACAAACCAGCAUGUCUUUUGGCUUUUAGCCAUGCUUGUACCACCAAUUCAGAGUGUUAUAUUCUGCUUGAAUAAAGCGUGUGGCUCA